AGUCGUGUUUGAUCCUGUUUGAGCCGAUCAGUUCGCGGAGUUUUGUGAUGUUUAUGUGUGUGAUUGAGUGCAUUGUGAGUGCAUGUGAAUGCAUGUGCGUGAGUGGAUUAAAAGGUAGGAAGACUUUUUGCCGGUCAGCACCUGAAGGAAUGUUGCAGUUGAUUAGGCUGUAGACCAUGACGAAGGUACUCAUGCGCAAAUGAGCUUCUAUCAAAUUGGAGAGGUAAAACAAUCGCUCGACGAAGGCCUGGAUCACUUGAGAAAGCCUCCAUUCCUGGUGGAUCGUGAUACGGGAGCUAUUCAGAUAAAUUUCGAUCCCCAAAAAGGCAUGAAGGGUUAUUUCGACUUCAAAGUGAUGGUUAAUGAUAGUGCAGGCCAUAGAGAUGAUGCGCACGUGUUCAUAUAUUUGUUGCGAGAGGAUCAACGUGUUAAAUUUGUGUUACGUUUGCAGCCGGUGGAGAUGCGGGAGAAAAUCAACAUAUUCAGAGAUGCACUGAGUGAUGUUAGCAGUUGUAUAGUAAAUGUGGAUGAUUUUCGUGUCCACGAAAAUCGUGAUGGAUCUAUCGAUAAAACAAAGACUGAUGUUUAUAUACACUUGGUUAACCGAAAAGACAAUUCUAUUUUAGACGUUUCGGACGUACUGAAACUACUGGACGAGAAUGUUGAGAUGUUGAAUGAACUCUUCAAGGAAUUCAACGUGCUUGACACACAAGCUUCAGAAGCAUCCUUUUUUACAGCCGAUUUAUCUGGUGGAUCUGUUUUUGUUUGGCUAGUAAUUUCAAACAUAUUUAUUGGUGCUUUACUCAUUGUAAUACUAGCAUUAUGCGUUUCGCAACGUAGUAAAUAUCGGCGUCAGUUGAGAGCGGCUCGGGUGGCAAAUUAUGCUGCUGCCCAUUCAGACCUGGUGACAAAGGGUUUGUUAUCCUCGGUUCCAAACACAAACAAGCACAGCAUUGAAGGCAGCAAUCCGAUUUGGUUGAAGGCAUAUGAAAACGAAUGGUUUAAAAAUGAUGAAGGCCAUGUAAAAAACAUCUCUGGACCAGAAUCGCUCGAAGAAAAUAUUAUCAGUGCUGAUGAUCUGACAAAAACCCUCAACUUCGAUCGCUUUGAUGCAAAGCAGUACAACUUAUACUCACAAGUUGAUAAAUUUACAAACAAAAAUAUACUUACCAACAAACUGGAAACUACGGAGCUUUAAACUUCGAAACAAUAAAAUGUCAUAUCAAUGCUAAAAAAA